UCAGAGAUUGGGGCUAAACUCCACCUAAGCACAAGCCUGCUGGGGUGGGUGGUUGUAGGUAGUUGCCGAGAUUGUGCCUGUGCUCCUAACUGAGAGCAUGGGUGUAACUGGAGACGCGCGCAGCAACCUCUGAAGCAGACAGAGGCAAGGACGGGACGCCCUCAUCCCCAUUUUCGGCCGAAACUGCGGCACCUGGGUGUCAGGAUCGGGAGGAGCCAAAGGAAGCGAAAUGAGUAGCUGGAGCGACCUGGACCCUAUAAAAGGAGCUCAUCUGUUCCACGGCUCUCACGCCUCUGCCAGGCUGGCGCACACCGCUUCCCUCCAGCUUCCCCAGAAAUCGGCCCCUUCCCCGUGUGCCUCGCUGUGUCCCCCAGAGCAGUGCGCCCAGCAGCGUGACUCAAGUGUUGCCCGCGGGACGGAGGUGGCCGCCUUGGCCACGCGGUGCGAGCAGCUGCAGCCCAAGUCCUCGAGUCCCCCCUCGUGCGGCCCCGUUUCCGCGGGGCAGUUCGCGGGAGUGGCCAGCGGGUGAAAAGGAGGGAGGGCAGAACCCCGUUCCCUGCGCAGCGCUGCUCCUAGACUUCACCCCGCCCUACUCUGGCGGCUGCGGCCGCUGCAGGAAACUGCCACAGUCUGGGGAGGGGGGCGGGAAUGCAUGACCAGGACUCUUCAGUGGCCUGCACGUUUUGGUCUGAAGAGCUAGAAAACUCCUGUGGGCCGUCUCUGCAGCUCAAGGAGCGCCCCGGCUAGGAAAUGCUCAUCCCUGAGCAUUUGGGGUAAGAGACCCCACCUGGCUAAUGCUCCCUCCUCAAACAAUACAUGGCCCUCCUCCACUAGACGCCUGGGUGGAAGCCGAUGCGGCGUGGGGCUCGGUGGGCCAGUCCUUAGCAACACCGGGUGUGGAGAGAAGCAGCCAGAGACGCGGAGGAAGCGCCAGGCGCACUGGAAGUGCAGGGGACACGCUCGCCUGCUGUGGCUGCCGCGCCCUUGACCUCUAGUUUCAGCUGGGAACCUGGGUGGAGGAGUAAUUCAGAAACCUAAGGAACUAACUACCAACCGGGGAACGAGACUGUGGUCUCUUCCGCAGUUUUCCCCCCCGUCCUUCGAGCGUUCCGUGCCCUAGAGCUGCGCUCGGAGGAGCCGGGGCGAGGAGAGACAUGGAGGAGACAGGCGCUCAGUGCGCCCCGCCGCAGCCUGCGGGCUCCCAGACUGGGGUUUCUCAAGCCAACCUCUCCGCUGAUCCUUCCCACGACUGCAGUGCCGAGGGCUACAUUUACCAGGACUCAAUCGCCCUGCCCUGGAAAGUACUACUGGUCAUAUUUCUGGCGCUCAUCACUUUGGCCACCACGCUCUCCAAUGCGUUUGUGAUCGCUACUGUGUACCGGACGCGGAAGCUACACACCCCAGCCAACUACCUGAUCGCCUCCCUGGCGUUCACCGACCUGCUAGUAUCCAUCCUGGUGAUGCCCGUCAGCACCAUGUAUACAGUCUCCGGCCGCUGGACCCUGGGACAGGUGGUCUGCGACUUCUGGCUCUCUUCGGACAUCACCUGUUGCACUGCUUCCAUCCUGCACCUCUGUGUCAUCGCCCUGGACCGCUACUGGGCUAUCACGGACGCCGUGGAGUACUCGGCGAAAAGGACUCCUAAGAGGGCGGCAGUCAUGAUCGUGCUGGUGUGGAUUUUCUCCAUCUCCAUCUCGCUGCCACCCUUCUUCUGGCGUCAGGCCAAAGCCGAGGAGGAGGUGUCGGACUGCGUGGUGAACACCGACCACAUCCUCUACACAGUCUACUCCACGGUGGGCGCUUUCUACUUCCCCACCCUGCUCCUCAUCGCCCUCUACGGCCGCAUCUACGUGGAAGCCCGCUCCCGGAUUUUGAAACAGACUCCCAACAAGACCGGCAAGCGUUUGACCCGAGCCCAGCUGAUAACCGACUCCCCUGGGUCCACGUCUUCUGUCACCUCUAUUAACUCGCGGGCGCCCGACAUGCCCAGCGAAUCGGGGUCUCCGGUGUUUGUGAACCAAGUCAAAGUGCGAAUCUCUGACGCCCUGCUGGAGAAGAAGAAACUCAUGGCCGCUAGGGAGCGCAAAGCCACCAAGACCCUGGGGAUCAUUUUGGGAGCGUUUAUUGUGUGUUGGCUGCCCUUCUUCAUCAUCUCCCUUAUGAUGCCCAUCUGCAGAGCAUGCUGGUUCCACCUGGCCAUUUUUGACUUCUUCACGUGGCUGGGCUAUCUCAACUCCCUCAUUAACCCCAUUAUCUAUACCAUGUCCAAUGAGGAUUUCAAACAAGCGUUCCAUAAACUGAUACGCUUUAAAUGCACAAGCUGACUUGUCGAUUGCAUUGGGGUCGCCUAAAAGUGGCCUUUGGGGACCAUGUUGUGCUUGGUUCCACAGGUAGGUCGACUUUUCUUUCACUGUUACUGGGUCCGAACCAGGCACUCUCUUCUGGGCAAGGGCAAUGCAUCCUGAGAAGCCAGGACGGCCCUGAGAGAAAGAGAGAGAGAGAGAGAGCUCUGAAAGAACUGAUCAAAGGAAAGAUAGAGCUUCCCUGCUGAGGAGGAAGCUCCCUUUCAUCCCUCAAACCCCAGGUUCAGCACUGACCCUGCGACAGCCAAUCACCAAUCACAAGGGGGUUUUGCAACUUUUUAAAAAUUGAUGAUGGAAAGGUGAUCAUUGCCCUGCUUUGGUGUCAUGGAGGAUGACCUCUAGAACCAGUGAUACAUGUAGGUGUUGGUUUGAACCCUGUCUGAGACAGAUGCUUAAAGCCUGGCAGUACUUGAACUACACUUAAUACCCUGUGUUUUGGGGAGAACUUUGUGUUGCAGCUUCAUUUAAGAACAAUUACUUUGGCAUCCUUCAGUCUUCAUUUUUUUUUUUAACCUUGGUUGGAGAAACUUGUGGAGUUGGUGCUUCAAUCCCUAGGUGUGGCUUGGAGGGCACAGAGAAACCUUGAAGAGUUAAUGGCAAAAUUCCGAUGUUAAGAUCUCUAUUUUUAUUACAGUUGAAAC